CUCUUCCCUCUUGACUUCUUCGAAAGAUUUUCCAUUUUCUCGAGUUUCAGAGCCAAACACUCUCCACAUUUUCAAAACCAAUUUUUCGUUUUCUCGGAAAAGUUUGGGAUUUUCUCUGUGUUUGGUGAGCUUUGUCGGAGUUUUUCUUCUGCGGUUUCUUGUUCUUGCGGUGGCGCGGUGGAGGAGAGCACCACGCGGAAUCGGCAGGUGAGAGAUUGUUGCUGUAUGUCAGUAGAUUGCAUAGAGAGCUGUUUCGGUGGAAUCGGCGAGCUCGCGAACCCCUUGCAAUGGCCUCAGCUCCGCAAAAAGCGACGCUUCUUCCUCCUAAGGCGGCGUGUUGCUUCCCUUCCGAUGCCGUUGCCCGCGCCGCCGUCGCCGCCGCACCGUCCGACGGCGUCGUUUCGGCCAAUGCCGUACAGGACUGGAGCGUCGCCUCCUCCGACGUCCGCGAUGAUCAGCGGGCCAAGAAGAUCGCCAUGGCCGCGUCGUUGAUUCCCGAACCUUCCACCACUGUUUCUACCAAAGGGAUCUCAAUCAUGCCAAGAGCUCAAUCAAGCCAUCCUUUAGAUCCUCUAUCUGCUGCUGAGAUAUCUGUGGCAGUGGCAACAGUCAGGGCAGCUGGUGCCACACCCGAGGUCCGAGAUGGUAUGCGUUUUAUUGAAGUGGUUUUGGUGGAACCAGAUAAACAAGUUGUUGCACUGGCAGAUGCAUAUUUCUUUCCCCCUUUCCAGCCAUCGUUACUUCCUAGAACCAAAGGUGCACCUAAAAUUCCCAGCAAGCUACCUCCAAGGCAAGCUAGACUUGUUGUUUACAACAAAAAGUCCAAUGAGACAAGCUUAUGGAUUGUUAAGCUAUCAGAAGUUCAUGCACUAACUCGAGGUGGGCACCAUCGUGGACAAGUAAUUUCCACAAAAGUUGUUCCAGACGUGCAGCCUCCCAUGGAUGCGGUGGAAUAUGCUGAGUGUGAAGCUGUUGUGAAGGAUUUCCCUCCAUUUAUAGAGGCUAUGAAAAAGAGAGGCAUUGAGGAUAUGGAUCUUGUGAUGGUUGAUCCGUGGUGUGUUGGUUAUCACAGUGAGGCCGACUCUCCCAGCCGAAGACUUGCUAAACCAUUGAUUUUCUGUAGAACUGAGAGUGAUUGCCCAAUGGAAAAUGGUUAUGCACGGCCAGUUGAGGGCAUCCAUGUACUAGUUGAUAUGCAAAACAUGGUGGUGAUAGAGUUUGAAGACCGCAAGCUGGUCCCCUUACCUCCUGCUGAUCCGCUGAGGAAUUAUACUCCGGGAGAAACAAGAGGUGGUGUAGAUCGAAGUGAUGUGAAGCCUUUAAGAAUUGUUCAGCCUGAAGGUCCAAGCUUUCGUGUUAAUGGUUACUUUGUUGAGUGGCAGAAGUGGAAUUUCAGGAUUGGGUUCACUACCAGGGAGGGUUUGGUUAUAUACUCUGUUGCCUACGUUGAUGGUAACAGGGGGAGAAGGCCUGUAGCCCAUAGAUUGAGUUUUGUGGAAAUGGUUGUUCCUUAUGGAGAUCCAAAUGAUCCACAUUACAGAAAAAAUGCUUUCGAUGCAGGGGAAGAUGGCCUCGGCAAAAAUGCUCAUUCUCUUAAGAAGGGAUGUGAUUGUUUGGGCUACAUCAAAUACUUUCAUGCCCAUUUUACUAAUUUUACUGGAAGCGUUGAAACAAUUGAAAAUUGCGUAUGUUUGCACGAAGAGGAUCAUGGAAUUUUGUGGAAGCAUCAAGAUUGGAGAACAGGUUUAGCAGAAGUUCGAAGGUCUAGGCGUUUAACAGUGUCUUUUGUAUGUACUGUGGCUAAUUACGAGUAUGGAUUCUUCUGGCACUUUUAUCAGGAUGGAAAAAUUGAAGCAGAAGUUAAACUUACAGGAAUACUCAGCUUAGGAGCGUUGCAGCCUGGAGAAUUUCGAAAAUAUGGUACUAUGAUUGCACCGGGAUUAUAUGCGCCAGUUCAUCAGCACUUCUUUGUUGCUCGUAUGGAUAUGGCUGUUGACUGCAAACCUGGUGAAACUUACAAUCAGGUCGUAGAGGUGGAUUUAAAAGUUGAGGAACCUGGGGAAAACAAUAUUCAUAAUAACGCAUUCUAUGCUGAGGAGACACUUCUUAGAUCUGAAUUGCAAGCAAUGCGUGACUGUAACCCUUUGACUGCUCGCCAUUGGAUCAUAAGGAACACGAGAACUGUUAAUAGGACUGGGCAUUUAACAGGCUACAAGCUAGUACCCGGUUCAAACUGUUUGCCAUUGGCUGGUCCUGAGGCCAAGUUUUUGAGAAGAGCUGCUUUUUUGAAGCAUAAUCUUUGGGUUACACCAUAUGCACGUGAUGAGAUGUUUCCCGGAGGAGAAUUCCCUAAUCAAAAUCCGCGUGUUGGUGAAGGAUUGGCCACUUGGGUUCAGCAAAAUCGACCUUUGGAGGAAACUGAUAUAGUUCUUUGGUACGUAUUUGGAAUAACCCAUGUUCCUCGGCUGGAGGACUGGCCUGUCAUGCCAGUGGAGCGCAUUGGCUUUAUGCUUACGCCUCAUGGGUUCUUCAACUGUUCUCCUGCGGUUGAUGUCCCGCCCAAUGCGUGCGAGUUGGAUGCCAAAGACAGCGACGUCAAAGAUGCCGGGGUAGCCAAGCCGAUUCAGAAUGGGAUGCUGUCAAAACUCUGAAGAACUAUUGUGCUUAAAGUAGUUUACCUAUCAUCGUUGCUUAUCAUCUUGAAUCUUUCCUCUAUGUAGAAAUUUAAUCUAUUCACGCAUCUUUGAAGCUUUGUGGGUUUUCUGUUUGUAGACCAACUAAAGUUUGUUGAGCUUUUAUGCAUAAAUAGAAUACAACGCCACUGUGAAUUGGGUUUGCAUUGAACUUGGAUUGGCGAUAGUUGAUAUGUCUGAACUCUGAAUCAAUUAUUGACGGAUGUG